AUGGCCGCCACUUUUGUCAUAGCCUUGUUGGCUCUCUCUCGUACUAUCUUGGCCUCGCCUGUCAAGGCAUCCCAGAGGGUCCAUGGAUCCUGCAAGCAAUUCAACAUCCCGGUGUUCGUUUCAGCGGACAGCAUGGUCUAUGAACACCCGAACGUGGAGAGCAAUAUCGAGGCAAGGGCGUGGGCGAUCUACCAAGACGCCUGGAGCACUCCUAAGGCUGCGCAGACAGUCACCCAGAACACGACGACCACUGGAACUUUCAAUAUCCAUGCACAACUGUGCAUCCCUAAUGCGCCCGGGGCGAAAAAGGAGAUUCUGCAGAUCGCGACCCACGGCGCGCAUUAUGACUCGAGAUACUGGGAUCCUGAGCUCAACCGCGCGAACCAGUCUUACGUCGAAGCAGUCCUCAAAGAAGGAUAUUCCAUCUUCACGUACGAUCGUCUUGGAGCAGGUCAAUCGGAUCACCCUGACGCGUACAACGUGGUACAAGCUUCUCUACAACUGGAGAUCCUCCGACAGCUGACCUUGAUGGCGCGUAAUGGAACCAUUUACAGCCUCGCAGCCGUGGCGCAACCUGCCACUGCACAGUUCAACUCGUUGGCAAACCCGACCAAAAUUGUCCAUGUCGGCCACAGUUUCGGAUCGUUCCUCACCUCGGCAUUGAUCGCCAAGUACCCCUCUCUGACCGACGGAGUCAUCAUUACUGGCUACUUUUACGGCAAGUACCUGGGAGCACCGGGGAUGGCUACAUGGGGUCUCGAAUAUGCCGCCACAGCCUCCCCUCCGUUCAAUCGGACAAGCGGCUACAUUGUGUGCCAGAAGAGCGGGAUCCAGAAUAUCUUCUUCGGAGGCAAUCCUCAGACAGCCUUCACCCAAGAGAUGCUCGAUUACGGCGACUCUCUCAAGCAACCCGUGGCCGUUGGGGAGCUCGCCUCCGCGUUCCGCAUCAUCGGACUCCCAGGCCCUGACCUCAAAGCGCCCGUGCUGUUCUUUUUGGCUGAAUUCGACUUUUAUAUCUGUGACGGGAAUUGCAGGGGGGCGUACACCUUGCAGGCUUUGAAAAAUACCUAUCCAAACGCCACGGUGGUCGAGGACUACAUCCAGCCCAACACGGGCCAUGCCUUCACGCUCCACAACAACGCCACUGCUGGCUACCAAGUCACAUUUGACUUCUUGGAGAGAAAUGGGCUAUAA